AUGUAUCGUGAGAGCGGAGACUGUGAUUUCGAGGGAGGGGCUGGUGACUGGGUGGAAUAUGUCGAGAGACUGGAGCACUUUUUCCUGGCUAAUGACAUUGUGGAUGAGGAGAAACAACGAUCAAUCCUCCUGAGUGUGUGCGGGGCUAAAACGUACAGAUUGAUCCGAAAUCUUGCAACGCCGCAGAAACUGGGAGAGAUCGGGUUCAAAGAAAUUGUGGAGAUGGUGCAAAAUCACCUCAAGCCCUCUGUGAUUGUGCAGUACUUCAAGUUUCACACGCAUUCACGCAAGUCAGGAGUGACAGUGGCGGAGUUUGUGGCAGAACUGAGGCAGCUAUCUGAGCACUGUGAGUUCAGGGCAGUGCUGGAGGACAUGUUGCGGGACAGGUUAGUCUGUGGAAUUAACGAUGACGUCAUACAGCACCGCUUAUUGAGUUAAGCCACACUGACUUUCAAAAAGGCUUUGGACAUUGCCCUAGCCAUGGAGACGGCGGCAAACAACACGAUGGACAUAAAAAAUGCAGGGGGAGGGACGCUAUCAGAUACUGCCCAUUUUGUAGCAAAAGAAAGCAAAAGUAGUUCAGGAAGACCCACAGAGUGUUAUCGUUGUGGGGGUCCGCAUUUUGCAAAUGACUGUGGCUUUAAAGACGCUGUUUGCCAUAAUUGCCAGAAAAGGGGGCAUAUUGCAAAAAAGUGCAGGGGUGCUAAAAAUAAACAGACAAAAGGAUGGGGAAAAGCACCUAAGCCCAACACACAUCACCUGCAGAGUGAGGAUUUUGAGGAGCAGUGCUCAUUCAACAUGUUUAAUAUCCGUGGCCAGCCCCGGGCUCAGCCCAUAUAUGCAACAAUUAAGGUGAAUGGCAAAGAGCUGAACAUGGAAGUGGACACUGGGGCCUCAGCUUCAGUAAUCAGUCAAACCACAUUCAACAGGUUGUGGAGCUCAGGGGGUGCACCUGCAAUGGAAGAGACAAGUAUUAGGCUCAGAACGUACAUGGGUGAGUGCAUCCCACUCGCAGGGGCUAUCAAGGUGGACAUUGUAUAUCAAGAACAGCAGGCCGCGGUGACACUGCUUGUGGUCGAGGGGGAGGGACCGAGCUUGUUGGGGUGGGAUCUCCUCCAGAAAAUUCACCUGAAUUGGGGACAGAUCUGGGGUGAAAUCAAACAUACCACUGUGGUACAGGACAUCGUAGGGAAAUAUGCUGAUGUCUUUAAAGAGGAAUUGGGUACCCUCCGAGGGACCACAGUUAAACUUUGUGUGGACCCCAAAGCACAACUGCGUUUCUUCAAACCACGAACAGUACCAUAUGCCAUGAAAGCUAAGGUUAAGGCGGAGUUGGAAAGGCUACAAAGGGCAGGGGUGAUUGAGCCUGUGGAGUUUUCUGACUGGGCAGCCCCAAUAGUGCCAGUGGUGAAGGAGGACGGGGAAGUGCGCAUAUACAAAAUGACCAUUAAUCAGGCCUCACAUCUCGACACCUACCCCCUACCGCGAUGGGAGGACCUAUUUGCUACACUAGCAGGUGGAAAAACAUUCACUAAACUAGACAUGAGUCACGCAUAUCAGCAACUUUUGCUAGAUGAAGACUCUAAGCAAUAUGUGACUAUAAACACUCACAAGGGCCUAUUCAAGUAUAACCGCCUGGUGUUUGGCGUUGCCUCAAGCCCGGCUAUUUUCCAACGCACCAUGGACAAUCUGUUUCAGAACAUUCCCCAGGUUGCCGUCUACCUGGAUGACAUUCUCGUCACAGGUAAAACAGAAGAGGAACACUUGCAAAACCUUGACCUGGUGUUAAAGAGAAUGUCUGAGGCUGGGCUGCGUCUGAAAUGCAGUAAGUGUGUUUUUCAAGCUCCAAGUGUCACAUAUCUGGGCCAUCGGAUUUCAGCUCAGGGCUUGUCUCCAGUCGAAGACAAAGUGAGAGCAAUUAAGGAAGCCCCAACACCAAAGGACAUUGCAGAGCUUAGGUCGUUUCUGGGUCUAGUGAACUAUUAUGGGAAGUUUUUACCAGACCUCUCGACCGUGCUGGCCCCACUCUACCAGCUGCUACACAAAGGCUGUGUGUGGAGAUGGCAGCAGGAUCAGGACAAUGCUUUCCAGCACGUAAAGGGACUGUUACACUCAACACGACUGCUGGUACAUUUUGACCCAGACAAGGAGGUCAUUCGAUCGUGUGAUGCCUCCCCGUAUGGACUGGGGGCAGUUCUUUCGCACCGCAUGGAGGAUGGAAGUGAAAAGCCAAUCAGCGAUGUGUCACGUACUCUUACUGCAGCAGAAAAGGGGUACUCGCAAUUAGAGAAGGAGGGCCUGGCGGUUGUUUUUGCAGUAAAGCAUUUCCACCACUACCUGUUUGGUCGCCCUUUUACCAUCUUCACAGACCAUAAGCCUCUAAUGGGUCUGUUCAGUGAGACAAAGGGCAAUCCACCCAUGGCCUCAGCAAGAAUACAGCGCUGGGCAUUAACCCUGUCAGCAUACCAGUAUAGCAUAGAGUACAAGGCGGGUAGCGACAAUGCAAAUGCUGAUGCUUUUAGCCGUCUGCCUCUCCCAGACACACCACACCACACAGACACACUGAGAAGCAUUUUCGCAACACAUGGACUGCCAGACACAAUUGUGAUAGACAACGGGCCCACUUUCACCAGUGAGGUUUUCAAGGAGUUUAUGGAGAGAAACGGGAUUCGUCAUGUCUGCACUGCCCCCUAUCAUCCCGCGUCCAACGGCUUGGCAGAGUGGGCUGUGGAGACUUUCAAAGAGGGGCUGCGGAAGAUGUCAGGACAAUCGCUGGAAACCAAGCUCGCACGCUUCCUGGUUCAAUACAUGAUUACUCCACACACAACUAUGGGAGUGUCUCCAGCUGAGAUGUUGCUGGGGAGGAGACCAAAGUCUCAUCUGGACCUCCUCCAGCCAGACAUCAGAGCGAGGGUUGCCAGGUAUCAGGAGGAGCAAAAAGCAAGGCGGGACCAACAUGCCAAAGAGAGACAUUUUCACCCUGGGGACAGAGUGUAUGUCAAGAACUUAGCCAUAGGUUCACCCUGGUUGCCAGGGGUAAUCCACCGCCAGACAGGGCCAGUAUCUUUUGUUGUGGAAUUAUGUGAUGGUAGGCAGGUGCGCAGGCACCAAGAUCACUUGCGGGUCCACCAUGAUGGGGGAGGGAAGAGUUCUCACGGGGUUUCAUGCAAAGUCAGUGGGGGCGGCUCUGCAGAGGCCGUGCCAAUAGCUCCAGGGCACGCGGAAAUGUCACAUUAGGGUCUGUCUGAGCCCUCAGAGGAGGCACCUGAUGAA